CCCAGUCUGGAAUGUCGCUGCAAGGCGGGCGCACGAAUUUGGGUUGGUUACGCCAGGCAUCAAAAUAAAUCUCUAGCGAUCUACUUUGGAUGCCAGUUCGCAGUUUGACCCCGUUGGAUUAGGUCUGCCACCCCUUGAUGGACGCGUGAGCGACCAGCCGCAGCCCCGAAAUGACCCCGAAGCGAAAGCGCCGCGGACGCAGCGAGUCGCGGGCGAGGAACAAAACUGAAGCAGAGCACCUUAAGCUGCUCGGCGAGCUGGAGCUGGUGGACAGCUGCUGCGAAAUCUGUCACUGCGACUGCUACAGCUCGCACAGCGGCAGCUCGUCUGGCAGUCGCCUUGGCCAGGCCAAGGAGAGCCGCAAGGAGCUGGUUCAGCUGGACAAGGACAUAAGAGCGCUGGAGGAGCUGCAUCGGAGGGAGAGCGCCAAAUGCCGGAGGAGUGCCAGCAGCCACAGCCAGAGAAGCGCUUCCAGGUCGCCAACCGAGAGGAAGUCUAACCAAAGCAGGCGUCGCUCAGCUGACAGCCAUCGGAGGGAGUCCGCCUCCAGCAGGAGUCGUCGCUCCAAAAGCGCGGGCAGCAUCAGGAGUGUGUCACAGGAAAAGGAGAGCCCCAACCAGCCCCAGGAAGCAAAGAAUCAGAAGCAUCAGAAGCGCCGUGGUGCUCAAAGGGACUGUAAGAUGCUUCAGCAAAUCUUAGGUCCACUUAAUGAUGCACCAGCUCUAUCGGUGACAGGACGGGCCAAGUCCAAGUCACAUGGAAACAUGGCAGUGGUGCCGUUUAACCAGCAGGCUUCCAAAAAGAACUCACUCUGCACCUCAAUGGCCAAUCUCUGUUUGGCUCCAACGGUGCGCGCCGCCUUCCAGCUAGUGCCUAGCCACGACCAAAGGAUUAUCAACCGCAUGGCGGGCAAGAGAAGCCAGCAGGCGGCGGACAAGGAGACCGCUUGGCUGGCGCGCAAGUACUGGGAGAACGAGCGCCUGGAAAGGCAGCUCUUAAAGGUGGAGCAGGUGGAGGCCUACAAGCAGGCCGUGCACGACAAGCAGUUCCAGGACUACCUGAUGACCAAGGCUCGCCUCCAGGCGUUGGCAGAACGAGACCUGGCGGAGCUGCGGCGUCUGCGCGGGGCUCUGGACGCAAAGGAUGCGGCUGCCAAACAGAGACUGGAGGCCCGGCGGGUGGAGCGGGACCUGAAUCUCUGCCAGAGACGUUGCGAGGAGUUGCGGCGCAGCGAGGCGGUGACCGUUCAGCAGGAGGAGCAGCAUCUGGACGAGACCAUCCGCAAGCAGGACAUCUGCAUGAGGCUAACGCAGCGCUUGCGUCGGGCAGACGAAUUGCGCAGUCAGCUGCUGGAGGCGUACCUAAAGAGAGUCCAGCACGACAACUUCGUGGAGCAAGCCCAGCACGAGGAGCACUGGCGCGAGCGGCAGCAGGAGGAGCGCAUGCGGCGCGAGCAGCUCCAGGUGGACAUCCAGCGGAAGCGGCAUCAGUCCCAGCGCUUCGUCGAGUGCCGUCAGCGGAGGCACGAGGAGCGUUUCCGCACUGCCAAGAUCUCGGCCAGCCUGCGGGAGCUCGUGCGCCAGUCAGUCACUCCCGAAGGCGCGUUUGGGGGCACCGCAGGCCAGGACCCUCCUGUCCUCAACUCGUACGCCCAGCAGCAGGUGCAGAUGGGACGCCUGCUCUUCGACCGGUCACCUCGGGACGGUCUAGGUGGAGGCGGUUGUUGAGUCCCAAAAGUGUCUCUGUAUAUAUUCAUUGUUGUUGGU